AUGAGCGAAAGCAAGAUUUGGCAUCGCCAGUGCAUUUCAUGUAAACAAGUCGAUCUUGUCCAAUACACAGAGAAUGACGGAAAGUCUUCAGUUGUCCACACCACUUGUCCUGAUAAGUCUCUUCAAGAUACAAACGCCAACUACAAGUGUCGAUCGUGUCGCUCCAAGAUGACUCUUGAGAGCCUGGAGAUCCAGCUCAAGAUGAUGGAGGACCAAGGGCACGGCCACUGCGACGACUGCGGCAUCUAUGGAAGAGGCGCGUGCAACGACGGUGUGACAUUGGCUCUUGAGCCUCACGCCGAGGAGUACAGCAGGACGUAUGUUUGCGACUAUUGCCAGUUCUUCAAGCGCCGUCAUCAAGCAAUGCUAUGGCUCUCGCGGGUGCGCCUGUGGGAUUGGUAG